AUGUCCGCGGAGGUCGAUACCCUGCCUCCUAGCGGAGAUGUGGACGACAACCUUACCCCGGAGGCUCUGAAUGGUGGUGGAUCUGAAGAUGAUGCUGAUCUCUUCGGUGAUGACGAUGACGACGAAUUACAAGCAGAGGCCAAUGAACUCAAUCGAAAGCUCGAUGACGAGGAACUCGACUCUGGAGAUGAUGAGGGACGAACAGACCGCAUCGAACCGACGAUCGAAGACGAGCAUGAAGCCGACGACGAACAGAAACAAAUCCGAAUGUUGCAAGUCGAUCUGGCAAGAAUUAAACCACCAGAGGGUGACGACCUGUUCUUCCUCAACAUGCCCCCUUUCCUUGGUGUCAAGCACAAAUCUUUCCAACCAUCCACCUACGAAUCUCCCACCGUUCCGCACGAAGCCCGCAAUCCAAACAAUUUAGAAAACGCAGCCAACACCAGCAAAUUCUCCCCUUUCUCGACCGCUUCCACCACCAUGUUCUGGCGGCGUGAUCCCAAGAACUCUGAACUCAUCCAGUCCAACUCCCGCCUUGUGCGCUGGUCCGACGGUAGCAUAACACUGCAGAUCGCCUCACAACCCAAAGACCACUACCGAGUCUCCACAAACCCACUCCGUCAAGGCUGGCCCAAGAAGCAAAGCGCAGGAGCCACCCAAGACUACGACCCGACGAAAGACACACACAACUACCUCGCCGCGCCACACGCCGUGGUCGGAGUCGACCUACAGAUCGUGCAACCCUUCGACGCGGCGAUCAAGAUCCAGCCGACAGGCGACUACGUCGACGAAUCCGUACUAAAACUCCAACAAUCCCUCGCGGCCACCACAGAACAACACGACCCGAUUGCCACCCUGCGCUCGAUGCGCGUGGACCCCGAGCUCGCGAAGCGCGAAGCCGAGAAAUUCGAAAAAGACCGCGUCAAGGCCAACCGCAAGGUGGAAGCAGCACAGGAACGGCUGGUGUCACGACGAGACCGCGUCAUCGGGCGAGCAGGGAUGGGGGGGCGGCUUGGCGGGGCGGGGCUCAGCAUCGCGGGCCUCGAAGACCAAGACGGCAUGCCCGGGGCGCGCGGCAGCACCAAGGCGAAAGCGGCCAAGCGGCGCAAGACGAACCGGCGCGGCGAGAUCUACUCGGACGACGAGGACGAGGACAACCACCGCGGGCGCGGCGCCGACGAAUACGACCGUGGCGACGACUUCCUCGCGGACUCGGACGAGGAGCCAGAGACCUACGACGACGAUGGCGACGAGGACGGCGAGGCCGAGGCCGACGUCGACGAUCCGGACGUCGAUGACCUCGAGAUCGAGGGCCGCGACACAGUCGUCAAUUCGCGCACGAGAGGCGGCACGGGCAGGGACAGGGGCUCGACGCCAAAGCGCCCGGCGAGCGCUGAUGAGGAUGACGAUCCCCUGCCACAGGGCAGUCCGCAGAGAGGCAAGAGGCGGCGGUUCAUUGCGGAUGACGAUGACGACGACGACGAGUGA